GAUGGGCUUAUCCUUCCCACGUCAUUCUGGUGCGGCCGAAGAAGCUCCAUGUCCAAUGCAACAGCUUUCGCGUUCAAGCAGCCGCAUGCCGCGAUUCUGGGCCGAGAUUCUGGACUGCAACCGAAUUGGGGACUGGGGACUCGUAUCAGAUUCCGGCCCAUUUUCCAAAAUUCUCACCUCUCACGCGCGUAUACUCUUAAUGUGAUGGGUGAAGCAGGUUUCACCCCACAUUAAAAUGUUGUUGAGGGGCGGUGGUUAAGUGUUUCCCCGCGACGAUCGGGACUUGCCCGAAGCCUGCCACCGCUUUAUAACCAAAUGCUUUCCCAUCGUUCUCCUCCCCGAGUUAAUCUCGAGUUCAAUCCAGACGACCUCCUGAUUCCUUCUUCCGUCUCCCAUCCCUCCCUCUCGGUCUCCCUCCUCACCACCGCUCCUCAGUUGUGUAGUGAUCCGACAGGACAGUCGCAAAGAUGGACUCGGCACAGAACGACAAGAUCACCCAAGGCGCCGACUUCAAGGGCGCCGACGUCGAUAAUGUCGAGAACAACUACACCGACCCCAACGCGCCUCGGGUUAUGAGCCCUGAGCGUCGUGCAGCAGUUGAGAAGAGCAUGAAGCGCAAGCUUGACAUGCGAUGCUCUCUGUUCGUGCUCAUCUACAUCAUGAACUACCUCGACAGAAACAACAUCGCCGCUGCCCGUCUCCGCGGUCUGCAAGAUGACCUGCAGCUGGACAACAACGAAUACGCCACCUGCCUGAGUAUUCUGUACGUCGGCUACAUUCUCAUGCAGAUUCCCUCCAACAUGGUCAUCAACAAGAUCUCCCGCCCGUCCUGGUACAUCGCCGCCGCCAUGUUGAUCUGGGGCAUGAUCUCGACCCUCUCCGGCGUCACCACGAACUUCGGAGGCAUGGUCGCCACCCGUUUCUGCCUGGGCUUCAUCGAGGCCGCUUUCCUGCCCGGUGCCCUCAUGAUCCUGUCAAAGUGGUACACCCGCCGCGAGCUCACCACCCGCAACGCCAUCCUCUUCUGCGGUAACCUCAUCUCCAACGCCUUCUCCGCCCUCAUCGGCGCCGGUGUUCUUUCCAACAUGCAGGGCGUUCUCGGCCACGCUGCCUGGCGCUGGCUCUUCUGGAUCGAGGGUGCCGUCACUAUGGGUGUCGCGAUCUCCGCCGCCUUCAUCCUUCCCGACUUGCCUACCAACUCCCGUGGCUUCACCGAGGAGGAGCUCUACGUCGCCCAGCUGCGCAUGACUGAGGAUGUCGGUGAGGCUGACGCUGACUCGGAUGACAUGGGCCCUCUCGACGGUCUUAUCAUGGCUGUCAAGGACGUCAAGAUCUACGUCAUGAUGCUGACCUUCACCGCCUACGUCGUCGGUCUCUCCUUCAACGCCUUCUUCCCUACCCUCACCCAGACUCUGGGCUUCGGCUACGUCCCCACCCUGCUCAUGAGCUCUCCUCCCUGGGCCUUCUCCUGCAUCAUCUCCCUCAUCAACGCCUGGCACGCCGAUCGCACCCAAGAGCGUUUCUGGCACAUCGUCGGCCCCAUCUGCGUCGGCCUGGUCGGUUUCGUCAUCUCCAUGUCGACUCUCAAUGUUGCCGCCCGCUACGUCGCACUCUUCCUCCAGGCCAGCUCGUACGCCGGCUUCAUCGUCUUCUACUCCUGGAUCUCCUCCUCGUUCCCGCGUCCCCCCGCCAAGCGUGCCGUCGCCAUCGCCAUGAUCAACGCCUUCUCCCAGCUCGGCAACGUCGCCGGAUCGUACGUCUGGAACCUCAAGGAGAACGGUUUCCGCCAGAGCUACGGCAUCGUUACUGCCAUGUUCGGUAUUACCAUCGUCGGUUGCUACAUCUUCAAGGUCAUUCUUGACAGGCUGAACAAGGAGCUCGAGCAGAGCGAGACGGCUGACACUGCCAAUGCCGCCAACACGGAGGAGACUGCGGUUUCGCACAAGUUGGGCAAGGGUUUCAGAUACCUUGUUUAAGCGCUACGAGUUAUUAUGUGAAGUUGAAACCAUGCGGUUUGAUACCCAAAGGAGCGAAUUGUACAUUAAAAUCUCCACCUUGCCACUCCUUUCGAGGCUCGUGUAAAUCACGGGAUGUGGCAAGACUCUAAGUUAUGUCGAUAGAAUGGAUAAAUGCCAUAAUGAAUUGAAACGCAAGAAGCGAAUCAAGCCAAAUCACC